UGACGUAAUCAAAGCGAGACAGGAAGAGUUUUGCGUAAUCUUUCCAAAGGAAUAUCAUGUCACAUCAUCCUAAUGGCUAUUUAUCGAUAUUGAAAAUCAAAGUCUUGCAUCCGAAGGAAUAUGAUCUGGCUUCCGAGAACUAGGUAGUAGAGAGUCUGCUACAUUGGGAAACUGUCUUCACAUCAUGUACCUUCAGCUGCCACUAUGAGGAUCCCAAAGCUAGCUUUCAUCUUCUUGUUUGUGGGCUGUCUGGUGGUCUACCUCACCUAUGUCAAACGCCAUUAUGAUGACUCCAAACUGUCCGUACCUGAGCAGCUGCCCCAGUAUAGGAUAGAUACCAGUAAACAUCCAACCUCAGGUCAGGUGGUCAGUGAAAACUUUCAGUAUGGCAUUAUGUUUGACGCUGGAAGCACUGGAACCAGGAUUCACAUCUUCAAAUUUCAGAUGGAGCCAAAUGAAGCUCCUAAAUUAGCCCAUGAGACUUUCAGAGCUUUAAAACCUGGACUGUCUGCAUAUGCCGACGAACCAGAAAAGAGUAAAGAGGGGAUUUUGGAACUGUUAAAUGUUGCUAAAGACACAGUUCCUGAAGUAUUAUGGAGUUCGACCCCCCUCAUGCUCAGAGCCACAGCAGGGCUCAGAUUGCUACCUGGUGAGAAGGCCACCAUCCUUCUGGACAAGGUGAGGGAGGUGUUUAGCGAAUCCUUAUUCCUCUUUAAACCAGACAGCGUGUCCAUCAUGGAUGGCACAGAUGAAGGAAUGUCAGCAUGGAUUACCAUCAAUUUUUUAAUAGGUGCUCUUCACGGUACAGAGACUCCUACAGUAGGCAUGCUGGAUUUAGGAGGAGGCUCGACCCAGAUCACCUUUGCUCUACAGGAUGAAAUAACCAUCCAGACCUCGCCCAUUGAUUAUGUGACAUCGUUUCAGAUGUUCAACAUCAGUCACGCUCUCUACUCACACAGUUACCUUGGCCUGGGGUUGAUGUCAGCCAGACUUGCUGUGUUGGGAGGGAUUGAAGGCCAGCCUUUAGCGGGACCCCAAGAACUGGUCAGUCCAUGUUUAGCCCCAGAUUACUCAGGCCAGUGGGAGCAUGCCGAAGUACUUUAUACUGUUAAAGGCCAGAAACCAGGAGAGCCUAUUUAUGAGUCUUGCCUUAGAAAAGUGGAGAAGAUGAUCUAUAAACAGGUGAGAAAAGCAGAGGAAGUGAAAAACAUGGACUUCUACGCGUUCUCCUACUACUACGACAGGGCUGUGGAUCUUGGCCACAUUGAUGAAAGCACAGGAGGGACAGUCAAAGUCAGUGAUUACAUUGAAGGUGCUAAAAAAGUGUGCAAUAACAUGUCAGCUGGCGGGAUAAAGGAGUCUCCAUUCCUGUGUUUGGAUCUGACCUACAUCUCUGUGCUUCUUCAGGAGCUGGACUUCCCGCCUGAUAAAGAGCUGAAGCUAGCAAGACAAAUUAAUAACGCGGAGACCAGCUGGGCCCUCGGUGCCACUUUCCAUUGCAUAGAGUCACUCCGUAAACAUGGGACGUGCUAAACAACAGACACUCUUCAAUUCAGUGAAGCACUGACUGGAAAAAAAUGCCAACAUUGAUUGUAUUUGUCAUUUGCCAUUUUGUCAUAUUGUGAGUUUUUCUACAUACCUCUGACUUUCUGAAUGUUUCACUUUUCUUACAAGGACAUUAAGAUAUAUACGUGUGAACUGGUUUUGGGCAUUUGCAGCAUGUCAGAAUCCUAUUCGUCAGGGUUUACCUGAUCAAGAAACACUUUAUUGCCUUGUGCUCAAUUUUUGAUUUUAUGUUAUAUUUAAUUAUUCUGUAGUUUUAGUUCUGUUUAAUGUAUUACAUAUGUUUGAUCAAAGCACAUACUUAUUAUCUACUCUCAAAGCAAAAGAAAAACAUUUUUAUGUUAGCAAGAACAGCUGUAACUGCUAUGAUCUUUUUACUCAUGUGCAGUUAUAAACCUGCUGUUUGUCCUUUGGUAUUAUUAAAUACGUUUAUAAAAAGUGCCAUAUAAAGGUAUUCUGAGACUGUUAAAAACUGAAGUACCGAGACAGUUUCAACACAUGUAAAGUUCAGAAGGUCAUAAAGUGAGACAGCAGGAUGUGG